AUGAAAGAAGCAUCAGCCUCAACCAGGAGCUCCAUCGGAGACUUCUCCAUCCUCCCCAUCUCCUUCCCGCCGACGCGAGCAUACCCAAAAGCCGCCCUGCACUACGUCUACGUGCGACGUAACGCCCCCAAGAUCCCGACGCCCGACGACGACCGCAGCCUUUUCCUGGCCAAUGUGCCCGUGGACAGCACCGAGGCGCACUUCCGCGCCGUGUUCGCCGCGCUCGCCGGCGCCGGCAAGUUUGAAAGCAUCUCCUUCGACGAUGACCGCAGGCGGCGAGCCGCCGAGUCGUCCUCGCUGCGGCCAUCACAGGCGCUGAGGCUGGCGCAGACAGCGCACGGAUCCUCGAAGAAGAGGAAACGCGGCGAGGCCGAGGAGGAAGAGGAGGAGGACGACCAGCAGGCGGCGCACACGCUCUUCGAGACGUGGCCGCGCCGGCUGCACGGCAGCGGUGGCACGGCGGUCGUGCUGCUGGCGGACGAGCGGAGCGUUGGGGUAGUGCUCAAGGCCGUUGGCAAGGUGCACAAGUCCAAAAAGUACCCCGUAUGGGGGGCCGGCGUGGACGAGUCUGCAGCGACGCAGCUGGGCGCCCCGUGGCUGCGUGAGCACAACAGGCUGUGCUUCCCUGACAAGGCGGCAGUGCAGUCGGCGGUGGACUCAUUCUUUAUUCUUUUCAACAAGCGCGAGAGGGAAGCGGCCGAGUUGGCCAAGAGGAUGCGCAGCGAGCCGGACGAGGACGGAUUCGUCACGGUGGUGCGCGGCGCGGGCAGGUCUGCUCCGGCACGGAGGGACGAGGCCGAGGAGGCGAGGCGGAGGUUGGCGGAGAGGGAAGAGCGCAAGAGGCAGGAACUGGGCGGCUUCUACCGGUUCCAGCUGCGCGAGCAAAAGAAGGCGGAGCAGGCCGACCUCAUCCGCCGGUUCGAGGAGGAUCGGAAGAAGGUAUCGGCCAUGAAGGAGAAGAAGGGCAAGUUCAAGCCGGAAGCAUGA